UGUCAUCAAGAUUUGUGAAAGAAGACCUUAUAACCAUUUUUUUUUCUUAUUCUUUACUAAUAUUUGUUGCUCGACAACUCACAAAGGCGUGUGUAUAUUAAUAUAUUAUACAAUUUUCAUUUAAACAAAUCCAAAGUAAUAGUCGUCAUUAGCCGUCAAAACACAAAAAUAAUCUUUUGAUCUUCUCCUUCUCGGGAAAUUCAAAGAAACGAUCAUUCUCAUGGCAGUUACCCUCGAAGUAUCUCCGGCGAGAAAACGGCGACCGUUGGGAUAUCACGAUUCUCCAAAGAUGUCAGAUUCGAAACUAACCCGGUCACUGUUCCUCGCCUGUCAAGAGGUUUCUUACAUGCAGCCUCUCCGUUUCAUCCUGAGACGGAACUCUCUCUCCAUCAUACGCAAGGUGAAGAUAUUAUCCACAGUUUUCGAGGAGCUUCUUCUUCGAUCCGACGACGACGACAUCAUGGUUGUUUACUCUCAAUCCGCUCAGCUCUGUUUCGAAGAACUUCAAAUUGUGAUGCAGCGUAUGAAGACUCUGAUCGAGGAUUGUUCAAGGUCCAGCAAACUAUGGUUACUGUUACAGAUCGAGAACGUGGCUUUUAGUUUUCACGACGUCGUCACGGAUUUAUCCACCGUCCUCGAUAUUUUACCGGUCAAAGAGUUUCGUCUAAGUGACGACUCACAAGAUCUCAUCAUUCUCCUAAGAAAACAAUGCUCUGAUUCGAUUCAGUUUGUUGAGCCACGUGACGAAGCUCUCCGUCGGAAAGUUACGGAUACAAUCGACGGAAUCAAGCACCAGAUCUCCCCAAAUCAAUCGAGGCUAGUCGAGAUUUUCAACGGCCUCGGUUUUUCAGAUUCCGUUAGCUUAACCGACGAAAUCCAGAGAUUAGAGGACGAAACUCAUGAUCAGAUCGACGAGAGAUCUAAAUCCUUAGCCGCAUCUCUCAUCGGACUCGUUCGUUACACAAACUGUGUGCUGUACGGUCCUUCUACGCCGUCGGCUCAUCCUGAUUUCCGCCGCCAUAAGUCGUUGUCCGACGCGAAUAUCCCGUCGGAUUUUCGGUGUCCGAUCACACUGGAGCUGAUGAAGGAUCCGGUGGUGGUUUCCACCGGUCAGACGUAUGAUCGAGAGUCGAUCGAUCUCUGGAUCCAAUCAGGUCACAGCACUUGCCCUAAAACAGGUCAGGUUCUCAAGCACACCAACCUCAUACCUAACCGCGCCUUGAAGAAUUUGAUCGUGAUGUGGUGCCGUGAUCAGAAGAUUCCGUUUGAGAUAUACGAAGACGGCGGCGGCGUAGGGUCUUUUGCUCCGUGUAAGGAGGCGGUGGAGUUCACGAGGAUGCUGGUUUCGUUUCUGAUCGAUAAGCUCUCUGUGGCAGAGUCGAACGACGUCGUAUACGAGCUCCGCGCUCUCGCUAAGUCAGACUCGGUGGCCCGAGCCUGCAUAGCCGAGGCUGGAGCUAUACCGAAGCUGGUACAAUAUCUAGGCUCGAAGUCGUCGAGUCUUCAGAUAAACGCCGUGACGACGAUCCUUAAUCUCUCCAUCUUGGAACAAAACAAAGCAAGGAUCGUGGAAACAGACGGAGCUUUAAACGGCGUUAUCGAGGUUCUGCGUUCAGGAGCCACGUGGGAGGCUAAAGCAAACGCCGCCGCGACUUUGUUUAGUUUGGCUGGCGUCUCAGCUUACAAAAGAAGACUCGGGAGAAAAACACGUGUCGUUAGCGGAUUGGUUGACUUGGCAAAACAAGGUCCGACGAGCUCUAAAAGAGACGCGCUUGUCGCGAUCCUGAACCUAGCGGCGGAGAGGGAGAACGUAGGGAGGUUCAUCGAAGCUGGGGUAGUGGAAGCGGCAAGAGAUGCAUUCCGAGAGCUGCCGGAGGAGGCGGUGGCGGUAGUGGAGGCGGUCGUGAGGAGAGGAGGACUAAUGGCGGUGUCAGCGGCGUUUGGUUCGAUACGGCAAUUGGGAGAGAUAAUGAGGGAAGGGGCGGAUACGACGAGGGAGAGCGCGGCGGCUACGCUGGUUACGAUGUGUAGGAAAGGAGGGUCAGAGCUUGUGGCGGAGAUGGCGGCGAUUCCAGGGAUAGAAAGGGUUAUAUGGGAGAUGAUAGGGACGGGAACGGCGAGGGGAGGAAGGAAAGCUGCAUCGUUGAUGAGGUAUUUAAGGCGAUGGGCCGCCGGGGAUUCCCAAGAGACGACGGUGGUGGAGACACAGAGCAUUGUUGUGCCAACGCCUAAUAGGAUUUUUAAUCCUGUUUCAUAAUUUUUGAUUUUUUUUCUUUUUCCUCUUCUUCAUUUUCAGUUUUUCUGUAAAGUUUAAAGGUUUUAUUUUUCUUUUCCUUUGCGAUUUCAAAAAAGAAAUUGAUAUUCUUUCACUGUAACUGUAAAUGUAAUUACAGAAAUGUAAACCCAAAACUUCAA